GGCCGGUCUCGGUUGUGAGCUGCUCCUUGGUUCGCACAGUGCACACUUCAGGAACCUCGGUGGAAGCAAAUAUUGCACAUGCAUGUUGGUCCAAUGAAAGAAAUCAGCCAGUACAGAGGAAGAGGUUGAAGGAACAAAAGAACAGCAAGAUUAACUCACUGGUGGAGUGAACCUGAGCCCAGAGCUGCAUAUACAGCUAAUCUUAUCAAAAUGUAUGGAAGGAAAGCAAUCUGAAAGAAAUUCAGGACAACAGGAUUUAUUGGCAAUACGUUACAUUGUUCAUACCAAAAAGAGUGGAGAAGGACUGCUUUUUUUCCCCCUGGUAAAAUCACAAUGGAGAUAGAAGAACUGCAACAACCAUGGAAGACAGACUUUUACUGGGAAUUGCCAAAAGUGGAACUUCAUGCCCACCUGAAUGGAUCCAUUAGUUCUAAUACCAUGAAGAAAUUAAUAGCCAAGAAACCAGAUCUUAAAAUCCACAAUCAGAUGACUAUGAUUGACCAGGGAAAGAAACGAACUUUAGAAGAAUGUUUCCAGAUGUUUCAAACUAUUCACCAGCUUACAAGUAGCCCUGAAGAUAUUCUAAUGGUCACAAAAGAUGUCAUUAAAGAAUUUGCAGAUGACGGUGUCAAGUACCUGGAACUAAGGAGCACACCCAGAAGAGAAAAUGCUACUGGAAUGACUAAAAAGAUUUAUGUGGAAUCUAUACUUGAGGGCAUAAAACAGUCUAAACAAGAAAACUUAGACAUUGACGUUAGGUAUUUAAUGGCAAUUGACAGAAGAGGUGGCCCUUCAGUGGCCAAGGAGACUGUUAAACUUGCUGAAGAAUUCUUCCAUUCUACUGAGGGAAUAGUUCUUGGCCUUGAUCUCAGUGGAGACCCUACUAUUCCAAACCAAAAUAAGGAAACACAAAUACUCCUGGAUCUGCUUCCUGACAGAAUCGGGCAUGGAACAUUUCUCAACUCCUGUGAUCUGGUGGACUUUGUGAGGCAACAUCAAAUACCACUGGAACUCUGUUUGACCUCAAACAUCAAAAGUCAGACAGUUCCAUCUUAUGUCCAACAUCAUUUUGGAUUCUGGUACAGCAUUGGCCAUCCUUCUGUGAUCUGUACUGAUGAUAAGGGUGUUUUUGCAACACACCUUUCUCAAGAGUACCAGUUGGCAGCUGAAACAUUUAAUUUGACCCAGUCUCAGGUAUGGGAUCUGUCUUACAAGUCCAUCAACUACAUCUUUGCUUCUGACAAUACCAGAUCUGAACUGAGGAAGAAGUGGAACUAUCUGAAGCCCAAAGUGUUACAUUUUUAAGUUGUAAGGAGGUGAACUACUUUUGAGUAUGUUUUGUAACCAAGACGUUCCUGCUAUAUCUCAUGUAGUAAUCUGUCCACCACUCCCUUAGAAGUAUAAUAGUCAAGUACCAUGGACUUGACCAUCACCAGCACCUUACACAUGGUGGGUGUUCAAUAAAUGUGUCUUACUUAGCUUACCUCCAAGCUACUUACUGGAAUGCACUUGAGCGUUGUUGCUGACUAACUCUCCACUAGAAUCAGUCUCUCCUCAUUAGUGAUCAUAAAACUUAAAGGAAAUAAAAGUAAUUUCUCAUCA